UACUGAAUAGUCGGUUAUGUAGGUAAUUAAUUAAUAUUAUAAAUUUUCGCCCAUCAUCUAUAUUUUUUUUAAAGUAUGUUUUCCGUUAAAUGUUCAAAACUAUAUGUAUCGAGUCGUAAAACCAAAUAAUAGUCAUCAAAUAAACAAAUACAUUUUUAUAGAAUUUCAAUGACUCAGUGGGCGACAGAAGGUAUGGUGAAUAGUACACAUCGGAAUGAAAAUAACGAUGUUAAAAUCUGAAACCGUCCGUUCUCAAGAAUGGGUGCCUUUUGUUACUCAACAACAAAGGCUCAGAAAUUUAAUUCAAAUCAAUGGUUACAAUCUUUGUGAUGAUCCAGAAUGUACUGCUAAUACAACUUCCUAUUAUUACACAUUACAUUUAACAACAAUGUGUGCUCCUUUGUAUACUAGUGAAAAAGUUAGCGGCCGUAAUCCAAAAUGGACGAAAAUGGAUAUUUGUAGUUCAAUUGGAUCUGCUAAAGCGGUUGUAAUACGAUUGUGGAGAGCUACAGAUGACCAAACAAAAGUUUUGUUUGUUUGGGGCAUUGAACUAAGUGGUCUUUUGUAUAUAACUCCGAUGUCAUUAAAUCCAAAAAUGUUUCAUUCUAAUUCUUUAGUAUUUUGUAUGACUGGAGGAAAUUAUACUGCUCCACAUUGCAUUGCUGAAGAUCAGCCUACUUUAGCUCGCAUUACUCAUCUUACUUUACCUGUAAAAGAUGUUAGAUUAAGUGGUACGCUUUUACAACUGACAAGAAUGCAUAAUAUUCAACGAGUAACUAGUAAACAAAGAGAAGCAGCAACUUUAUUAAAAGAAAAAGUAGUUCAAGGUGAAAUUGGUUUGAACGAAAAUCGAACUGGAAGACAUCAAAGUGCUACAAUACGUAGAUUGAUGAACAAAGAAAUUGGACAAAAACCAUCUCGUCAGAGUAUUCUAUGUAGGAGAAAAGAAAUUGAACUGGUAAAAUUUAGAGUAUUGUUGCUAUGUCAAGAAAAAUCUCGUAAAAUUGUCAUUCUUCGCAAUAAAACACUAACUAGUAAAACAUUUUAUGAUGCAAAUUGUAUAAAAAACAGCAAGCUAAUUGAAAUGAACGAAACACUUUGCAUCGAUAUCCAUCAGCUAAAACAAUCGAGUAAUACAUCUAACUCAGUUGACACAUUGUCCGCAUUAAAUAGUCAACUCAUUUAUCGGAAAAAACAACUUGUUUCAGAACUUAAUUUUAUAUAUCCUAUAACAGAGGUAAAUAACUAUGCUGUCUAUUUGCUGAACAAAAAUAUUGCCCAACUUCGAUGGUACAAUGGUUAUAGUACUAACGACUUGCGUACAACUUUAUACAAUUGUUUAGUUAUGUUACAACCACAAUCAAGUUUAUUAAAAUUACAAACUACAAAAUUCACAUCUUCAAAUUCUUCGCUAGAAUCUUCUUUAAAUGUACCACCCAGAUCUUCCAGAGAUGUUUAUAAAGAAGAUACUAGUAGUUCAGACGAUUCAAAAAUAAAAGGAAUACCUCACUCUUCUUCAGAUCCGUCACUAGCUGAUGAUAAAACGCAAGCGUACAAUGAUUUUAACUCAUCAUAACAUGUAUGAAAAUUCCUCAUAUUUAUAUUGGCCAAUGUUACCGACUGUUAUAUUAAUUAAAUAUUUUAAGACUGGUCUGUUUGAUUA